AUGUUACUUCUUUUUACUAUUACCAUAAUUUGGUUUAUGCCAAGUGCAAGAAACUAGAUAAUCUUGUAAGUAAAAACAUCUAUUUAAUAGAUAACAAAUAGAGAUGGGAUGCAAAACAUCUGAGUAGGGAGUUUGUUAAGAAUUAUGCUAAUUGGGAUAAUUUGAUUGCGAGAAUAAUAAAAUAAAAUGUGAAUAUGGAUACUUUCUAUAAUUUGGGAAUACAUGUGUACUAUGGUAAGAUUGCAUAUCUAUAUAGUCCAUAUUAAAAAGUGAUUGACAGCUUUACAUUAUAUUGUAUGGAUUGUGUAGAGCAUCCAUACACUUGGUGGAGUAAUAGAACUUGUUCAUAUGAAUACACGAUAGAAAGUGGAGAUUAUAUGAAAGGCACUUAUAUUCGUAGAGACAAGGAAUAUAGUGAAUUAUAUUUUAUAGGUCCAUCAAUUUAAAAUGGAGUGAAUAAGGAUUCAAUAAUAAGAAAUGUAAGUAUAGUAGAUGAAUAGUAUAGGUUUAAUAUUAAUAUGAAACUUAUAUUUGUUCAGGUUGUAAGAGAUUUUGUAUUCCAGAGAGAAAUGAGAAUUGUAAUAGUAUAAGUUCACCAUAUGCUGAGGAUAAUGGUAUAAUAGGAGUAGAGUGUUUAUAAACAUAUGAAUAUAAAAAUCAGUUGUGCAUUAGUUGUCCACCUGAUUGUUUAAAAUGUUCAAAUGGUAAAUGUGCUUAAUGUAAUGAUGGAUAUUUGAUAAAGAAUGAUUAAUGUUAAAAAUGUUAGGAUAAUUGUUUAAAUUGUUAUGUUGUAUAAUUAUAAACAUUAUGUACUAAAUGUAAAGAGGGAAUGGUGGCUACAUUAGAUUAAGACAAAUGUGAAGAAUGUGGUAAUGAUUGUUAAAGAUGUGAAUAUGUAACAUAUUUUACUAAUGUUCAAUAUCAAUAUCCAUCAAGAAUUAUGAUAAAAAUAGAUUAAAAGAACUAAUAAAAUUAAUAUAUUAAAAGAUGUAGAUAAUGUUCUACUAAUAGUUUUAUAAGUCAUAAUGGAAUAGAUUGUGUUACUUGUCAAAUUCCAAAAUGUGCCUAAUGUUAUUAUAAUAUUAGAGGGGAUGUAACAACUAUGGAUUAUGAUUUUGAACCUAGUAAAGAUAAUGAUCUUGUAUCUAGUUUAUAUUGUUUUAAAUGCAUCAGCGGUUAUACUGUUAGUUAAGAUAAAUAAAAUUGUGAACCUUCAAUUCCAAGUUUAGAUAAAUGUGAUAGGAAAUAUAAAGAUGGAACCAUCAAAUGUAGAUAAUGUUUAUAAAAUGUUAUACUUGAUUAAUUCAGUAAUACUUGUUCUAAUACUUGUACUUCUUAUAUAGGGUAUUGCUAGAAUUGUUUUUCUUAUAAGAGUUUAGAUUAAACAUAAUAUACAGAUGAAUCUGGUUAAAUUUUCACCAAAGCUCCUCAAACACUAUAUUAAUGUAUAUAGUGUAGCAAUGGAUAUUAUCCAAAUAUAUUUACUGGGUUCUGUGAUGCUUGUCCGAAUAAUUGUUAAUAAUGUUGGCAAUAUUCUUAAACCUAUAAUUUUACAGAUUAUUUAUUUAAAAUGCAACCUAUUAGUAAUUCAUUAAAAGAAACGUUUUUAAAUGAUAUUCCUAUUAAUAUUUAAUGUACAUCAUGCAAUUUUGGAUAUCAAUUAUAUGGUAAUUAAUGUUUAGGAUGCAGCAGUAAUUGUUAAGUAGAAAAUCAAAUUGUUAGUGAUGAUUCUAUUAAUAGUUGUGUCUUUAAAUCAACUUAUGCUUUCUGUGGAGAAUGUUAUGAUACAUUUAAUGAUAGAUCUUUAAUUUAAGAUAAAUCUGAAUGCAUUGAAUGUCCUUUAAAUUGUCUAGCAUGUAGAGAAAGAGAAUAUUAUGAAAUUACUAACUUUUAUUUCAAUCCAGAUAAUGCCAAUCUUAAACAAUAUGGUCGAUUAUGUUACAAAAUUCAAACUAUGACUAUAUCUAAUCUUUAAACUGUUUCAUAUAAUUCCUAUCUAAAUCUACCUAUUCUAUGUAUCUAUUCCCAAGUAGAUUCUAAAAAUACCAAAAGAUGUCGACACACUGCUCAAAUUACUUUACAUAUCUAUUGUAAUGAGGAAGAAUAUUAUUCUAUUUAUUCAAAUUUACCAGAAGAUUAAAAAUUGUAUUAUUAUAGCUUAUAUGAUUACUAUUAUAUUGAUAUAGCUGAUAUUGCUCUUAUUCAUUUUUCAAAUUUAGAAACUUUUCAAUUAUAUUAAACCAUGAAUUAAGCGCCAUUAGAAGAAUUGACUCUCAACAUUUUAUUUUAUAAUUCGAUUGAUUACAAAUGUAUUUUUAAAAAAUCAACAUCUUUGAUAACACAGUUUCAUAAAAACGUUUAUGCUCUUACUAAAUUCUAAGUUAACAUCUAAAGUGCACAUGAUUUGGCAAUUACAUUUGAAAUUACUGACAAUUUCUAUAUAUACGAUUUGCCUUUUGUUAUGAUCAAAAACAUUAAUAUUUAUUCGAAUUCAUUUAAUAAUUUUGGUUUGAUAAUUACUAAUAACAUUUCUUCUACUUAUUUGUAAAUAUAAUUUUGUAAACUUGGAUAUGCUUCAUCUAAAAUAUAGAGUUCAUAAAUAUUUACUCUUAAUUUCGAAAAUUUAAAUUAUUUGGGGUUUAGGGAUGUUUACAUCUAAAAUUUGUUAUACGUUGAUUAAAUAAUUAUAAAUUAGGAGAAGCUAAACAAUUAUAAAUUUGAGUUCACAAAUCUUUAUUUUUGGAACAAUUAAUUUAUAAAUAAUACAAUAUUUUCACUUUCGCCAUAGAGUACAAUAAUUAUUUAGAAUUUAGUCAUUUAAGAUUGCAUUUUUAAUAGUUCAUCUUUAUUUAUAAAUUAGGAAGUGUAUCAAACAUUUGUUUCUUCCUUUACAAUUAAUUAAUUAAAGAUUAAACAGACUAAGUUUUAUGAAUCAUCAAGUAUAAUAAAAUCAAGUUAUGUUUCCUAAUUGUUUAUAGAUUAAUUGGAUAUAAUUGGAAAUAGAUUUAACGAGAGUGAAUUAUUUAUAUGUAAUACAUAUUAGAUAAAAAAUGUGUACAUUUAUAUGAAUGUUUUUACAAACAAUUCUCUAAUAUUUACAACAGCAGAUUAGGUUCCAGAUACAUUAUAAUUUUAUGAUUAGAUAAAAAAUGUAGGAUAUGAAAUAUCAAAUCUUAAAUUUAUAGAGAAUACAUGCUAUAAUAUUAAUUGCCUUAUGCUAUUAUAAACACCAUAUAAUUAAUUAUAGAUACAUUCUAAUUUAAUAAUGAAGAAUUUGAAGAUAUACAAUAAUUACAUUGGAUUAUCAUUAAUCUAAAGAUAAUCAGUUUCAUCUGCAAUUAUAAGAGCAUCUGAAAUGAGUAGAGUUACUUUAACUAAUAUUGUAAUUGAUACAUAGUUGUCAAUUACAGUAAUUUCCUUUUAAGAUAUAGCUUCUUUGGAAGUUUCAAAAUUCUUGUGUGAUUUCUCAAAUAAUAUAAUUGGCCAAAAAGACACUAGUCCUCGUACAAAAAUUGAAAAUAGUACUGUUAUACAAUACCCUUAAAAUAAUAAAGUUCCAAGUAAUACUACUUGUUCUUAUUAGAAGGAAUCUUUUGGUAGUUAUAAUGGAUAUUGUUUGGAUGUUUAAGAUUUCUUGUAUGGAGUAAAGAUAUCUGAUGCAUCACUUAAGGGACUAUUAGGAAUAGACAAUGGAUUCAUAUAUAUUUAAUCGUAUGAAUCACUUAUGAAACAAACUAGUAAUUUUAUUAGUUCAAGUGGAAUUAGUAAUUCAACAGAUUUUUAUUCUGGCUAUACAAAUGAAGUGGUUAUCUUAGAAAAUAUCAAUAUAUUUAAUAGCUCCAUUGCAAUAACAGAUCCAGUUACUAUAAUUGGAAGUGUCAUUAUAGAAUCAGAUUAAGUAUAAACUAUUAUUAUAGAUAAUGUUUAAUUGAUAGGAAAUCAUCUUCAUUAAUUAGUUGAAUCAAUCACUUUAGAAACAUCAACAUGUUUUACAAUUCUAAGUCCAAAUAGCAUUGUUAAUAUUAAAAAUUUAGUUGCUUAAAAUAAUAGAGCAUCAUAAUCAUAAUAUGGAAUCAAUAUUAUAAAAUGUCAUUCUCUAAAAUUAAUUUAAAGUUUGUUCAAUUAUACUAAUAUUAUGGAAACUAAUUGGUUAGAUAGAUUGGAGGAAUAUUAAAUUGAUAAUUAUUCUUAAUUUUUAGGAGAAUUUAAUAUAGAAUCUGAAGGUUCUAAUCUAUAUAUUCAAUGUAAAAAAUUAGAAAUGGAUUAAAUUAAAUUUUUGAAUAGUAAAUCUUUAAUUGGAACAGCCUUUUAUUUUUUAGGUUAGGAUUUAGUAUCUAUUGUAAUUAAUAAUACAUAAUUUAUAAAUCUUACUGCAUCAUUGGAAUAUGUUGAUUAAGCUUAUGGUGGAGCAUUAUAUCUAAAUCUACGCAAAUCUAAUUAUGAUAUUCAAUUGAACAAUGUUACUAUGAAUCAAAGUAGAGCUCGAGUGGCAGGAGGAUGUAUCUAUGUUUAAACAUCCAUGUAUUCAUAAAAUAUAUUAAUUAAUGAUAGUUAAUUUAUAGGUUGUUCAUCUUUAUAGAGUUCCUUUAUAGAUAUAUAAUUCUCUUUAUCAUCAAUAAUAUUACCUACCUUAAGUAUUAAAAAUACAAAAGUAAUGCAUAAUAAUUUUGAAGGGUUUUUAAAAUAAUUAGUAGAUAUCAGUUUUGAAGAAGAGCAAUAAAUUCUAUCUGGGAUUAGCCUAAUAAAGUAGAAUUAUGGUAUUUUGGAAAUAUAAUCAAGUUAGUUUAUCAAUAUAGAGAUUUAAGGUUUGAUGGAAUUAACAAAUAUAUUUUAAGUAAUUCUGUAAGAUUUGAUAAUAAAAGACAUAAUAAUAUUUAGUUAAUCUUUAAUAGAUAUUACACAUUACACUAAGUAAUCAUCAGUAGAAUUGCAGAAUGUAUUAAUUAACAAUAUAACUGAAUAAAAAGUGUUGGCAGAAGAAUAAUUUAUAUAUAAAUUUAAUAGCUAAUGUAAAUAGAUUUCAUCAUUGUUUGAAUUACCUUAAACUUAAACUUGUGCAGAGCAAGAAGAUUUAAGAUAGUUUUAUUAGGUGUUAUAUGAUUAUAGAUAAAUAUCAUAAACUAAAUUGGAUAAUAGUUCAUUGUACGAAUAUUAUGACUCUUUAUCAUAUUCAGAAAAGUAUUAAUUGGAUGAAAUAAAAUUGAAUGCUAUUCGAGAGAUUAAAUCGUUUUAUUCUUCGAGUAAUAUAAAUUUGGUUGAUAAUGUAAUUAAUCAAAACGAUUAUAGUUUGUGUUAUUUUACAAAUUUGUAAUCUACAUAUUAAAUUGGAAAUAGUCCAAGUUUUAUUAAGUUAAGUAAAGUAAAAUCAACAAAUGUUAUAAAUAUGAUGUCUGUAACUAUAAAACAUACUUAAUGCGGUAGAUGUAAAGAAGGUUUGAUAAUAAUAAAUAACUAUGAUAUUUAUGCAUAUAAUUCAACCAACAUAAUUGGAUUGACUUGUUAAAAUAAUGUAAUAGGUUACUUUGGUUGUUUGGUUAUAACAACUCAAACAAUUCCUGAAUUCAAUAUUACUUAUAGUAACAGAAUAUUGUAGAGUGUUACUUCAUCUUAAAAAUAUAAUAUUAUAUUGCAAUAGAGUCUAUUUUAGAGUAAUUCUGCUUAGAUAGGUGCUGGUAUAUCAAUAAUUGGAUUGAAUAUAAAAAUAAGUGAUAGUUAGUUUAUGGAUAACAGUGCAACAUUGAUAGGUGGAGGUCUUGCAUUUGUAUAUAAUUCAGAUAGUUAGAAUAUUUUAGAUCAAUUUAAUAAUAAUUACAUAAAUAAUGAUGCCCAAUUAGGGAGUGCAGUAUAUAUGAUGAAUAACAAUUUAAACAAUCUGGAUAAAUCGUAAAUAUUCAUUCAUCAUAACAGCAAUACAUAAAUAGAAUAAAUACCAGAAAAGUUAGGUUUGAUGAUGCAAAAUGGUUAAUUGAUGAAAAUAACUACAUUCUAGGAUAUUGAUGGAGAUUUAAAUAAUGAUAAUGUCAUUGAUAAUAUGAAUCUUUAAAUUAUUGAUAUAGUUAAUAUUUAAUCAACCAAUAUACCAAAUUUAAAGAGUAGUUAUUUAUUACUGCCUUCAGGGUAAUACUUAUCAUAAUAUAAAUAUUAUUAUGAAGAGACAUAAGAAUAAAUACCUUAUAAUUGGAUUUUCAGGAUAUGUAAUUUAGAUAGGGAUCAAAACAUUAUAAAAUCAAUUUUAUCAACUGAAACUUGUAUAAUCUAAGGUAGAGUAAUGGAUGAAUUAAAUUUAGAUUACACUAAAUAGUUUUUGACGAAUUUCACUUCAUAAUCUGCUUUUUAAUUUGAUGUAUCUAGCAACUCAUUUAAUUUUGAUAACUUAUAAAUAUAUUUCGAUCCAUAUUUAUAAGUUAAUUUUUACUUAUAAUUAAAAUGUAAAUUUUAUAUAAUAUCAUUUAUUAGUCUAAUGUACUUCUAUUAAGAUUCCAAUUUAUAAUUAGGAUCCUCCUUAUAAUGUAUUUAAUUAUAAUAAGAACUAUGCUUUAUAUUUGAAUGUAAGAACAAUUCCUUGCUAAAUUGGAGAAGCAUAUAUAGAUUAGAAAUGUAUCUCAUGUGGUUAAAUAAAUUAAUACUCCGUUUUAGAGAAUAGUGUACAAUGUAAAGGCAUAAACACAAUAUAAAUGGAAAAGAUCACUGCAGUAAGAAUAAAACUGCGAGAAUAAUAUUGGAGACCAUUUGCAAAGAAUGAUAAUAUUGAGGAAUGUUAUAAUUUACCAUCGAAUUGUUUAGGUGGUUGGGUUCCAGGAGAUUCAUCUUGUUAUGAUGGUCAUAUAGGAGCAUUAUGUGAAUAAUGUGAUAUAUAUGGAAUCAGAGGACCAUAAUAUUCGGUAAGCAAGAAAUAUACUUGUGGAGCUUGUUCGGAUACUCUUGAAUAAAAUAUCUUAAUAAUUAUUGGUAUUUCCAUUUUCACUCUUUUCAGUAUGAUUAUGUCAGUGAAAGGCAAUUAUCAAUUCAUAGAGAAUUUAAUUCAUCAACAAGUACUUUAAUCUAUUGGAGCUAGAAUCAACAUAUAAUAAAGUAUAUAUAUAUAUCAUUUAUUUAUUAGAUAAUACAUCCAUUAUUAUGAAACAAUUAAAUAAUUAUUUAUAGAUAAUUGCUUCCUUAACUACAUUCAGAAUAUCUAUACCUACUGCUUUCGUUUCUUCUAUGGAAGUCUUAGGAAAUCCUACAUAAUCUAUGGCAUAUUCCUUAGAUUGUUUCUUAGUUACUUUUGCUACUAUUGAUUUAUUGUAUUUCAGAAUGGCUUGGGCUCUAUUAAUGCCACUCUUUUAUAUGAUCAUAUUCUUUUUUGGAUAUUUUACAGGAGUUCUUAUGAGGAUUGCUCCCUUUAAGAUUGGAAUCAUUUAUACUACUUUUAUUUAUAUGUUUAUCUAUUUAUAACCUACAUUAGUUGGAGGAUUCAUUUCAUUAUUAAGUUCUAGAACUGUUAGUGGAAUUGAAUGGGUCUAAAGUAAUGUUAGCUAUUAAUAUUAUACUGAUAUGCAUUAAUAUUAUAUAUAUAUAUUUAUUGCGCCUAAUCUUAUACUAUGGAGUAUCAUUUUACCAUUAACUUUUAUGUAAUUUAUCAGAAGAAAUAAACAUUAAUUAGAAUCUAUGGAAAUUAGAAAAAGAUGGGGAUUCUUCUAUCAUGAAUAUACUAAUUAAGCAUAUCUAUGGGAGUUUGUAAAAAUCUUCGAAAAAGAACUUGUCAUUAUUUCUCUCAUAUAUUAUGAGAACAAAAUUGUUAUUAAAGGAUUAAUCAUUUUUCUACUUGUUUUUAUAUAUGGAGCAUUUUCAUUUGCAUUUAUUCCUUAUAAAUAAAAAAAACUCAAUUUUAUUGAUUAAAUGUCAACUGCAGUUUGUUCAUGCUCUUUAUGUUUAGGAGUUCUCAUUUAUGCUAGCUAAAAUGAGAAUUUAGAUUAUUUGUAAUAUAUCAUGUUCUUAAUUAUUGUUAUUAUUAAUGCUUUCCUGAUUAUAUUAAUUCUUUAUCAUCUACUUGAAGGAUAUAUUAAUUAAUUUGAUGAUAAAUUAGACAUUUUGAGAACUAAACUUAAAUUAAAAUUCCCUAAUAUUGAAUUCAAAUAUCCCUGUCUUAAAAAGUUAUUAAUAAAUAAAAAAGAAAUGAAAGAAAAAGUUAUUAAUUAUUGGGCUAUUCUUAGAUAUGAAACUAGAGAAAGUAUUAAAAGAAAAAGAAAAGAUAAAAAUGCUCCUUUAUUAAUACAAAAAAGAUAAAAAUACACUUCGGUUUCUUAAGAUUUAUCAGAGAAAGACCUAGAAAUUAAAUAGGGCAAUUCUUUGUAUUAAAUUAGAGAUACCAGUAGUCCAUAUAGGGAUCCAAAAGAUAAUAUUAAACUAAUUAAAAGGCCAAAUUCAAAUUACUAAGGAUUGGCAGCUUUGUAAUCAAACUCUUUAGAGUCAUCAUAAGGAAAUUUAAGUAAAGUAUUUCCAGAAGUUAUUUCUGAAAUUCCUUCCUCUCGCAAAGCAGAAAAAAAAUAAUAAAAAAUUAUUUUUAAAAGGCCAUUGUGA